GGCUCCACAUCGGCGGAAGGGCGAGCGGAGAGCCGGCGGGGAGAUGGACGGCGGCGGCAGGGAGGAGCUGGACAUGGAAGUAAUGAAGCCUUUAAUUGAAGAACAAAAUUCAGAUGGCAUCUCGGAUGAAGAGCAUGAAAAUAAUUUCCUGCCAGUUGAGAAGCAUUACCAGCUGGAUCAUGAAGAAGGCAUUACAUUUAUUCAAACACUUACACAUCUUCUCAAGGGAAACAUUGGAACUGGGCUUCUUGGUCUUCCCCUUGCAAUAAAAAAUGCUGGCAUUGUGAUUGGACCGAUCAGCCUUGUGUUCAUAGGAAUUAUAUCUGUUCAUUGUAUGCACAUCUUGGUACGUUGCAGCCACUGUCUGUGUCAGAGGAUGAAAAAAUCCUCACUGGGGUAUAGCGAUACCGUUAGUUACGCCAUGGAAGUGGGGCCUCUGACUGCGCUUCAGAAACGAGCUUCAUGGGGACGGUAUAUUGUUGACUUCUUCCUAGUGAUAACGCAGCUGGGAUUUUGUAGUGUUUAUGUUGUAUUCUUGGCAGAAAAUGUGAAACAAGUCCAUGAAGGGUUCUUGGAAAGCAAGACUGCUCCGAUAAAUGUCAGUGCCACCAGCAGUUCUCCUGAGAAAAGGAGCACUGAUUUACGUAUAUACAUGUUGUGUUUCCUGCCAUUCCUGAUCCUCCUGGUCUUUAUUCGUGACCUUAAGAGCCUGUCCUUUCUUUCUUUGCUUGCCAAUCUGUCCAUGGCUGUCAGCCUGGUGAUCAUUUACCAGUAUAUUGUUAGAGAUAUAGUAGAUCCUCGGAAACUGCCUCCUAUGGUUGGCUGGAAGAAAUACCCACUGUUUUUUGGGACUGCAAUAUUUGCUUUUGAAGGAAUCGGUGUGGUCCUGCCAUUGGAGAACAGAAUGAAGGACACCACGCGUUUCCCACAGGCACUGAACAUUGGCAUGGGAAUAGUCCUGGCCUUGUACAUCUCACUGGCCACUCUGGGCUACCUGCGCUUUGGGGAUGAAAUCAAAGGCAGCAUCACUUUAAACCUGCCACAAGAUAUAUGGUUGUAUCAGUCUGUAAAAAUUCUGUACUCCUUUGGGAUUUUUGUGACCUAUUCGAUUCAGUACUACGUCCCUGCAGAGAUCCUCAUUCCAGCUGUCACCUCCAAAGUGGAGCAGAAGUGGAAGUUACUCUCUGAGCUUGUGGCCAGAGCACUAUUAGUCUGCUCAACCUGUGCUGUAGCAGUUUUGAUCCCUCGCCUAGACCUGGUGAUUUCUUUCGUCGGAGCCGUCAGCAGCAGCACUCUGGCACUGAUUCUGCCACCUCUGGUUGAAAUCCUCACCUUCUACAAGGAAAACUUGUGUUUAUGGACGAUAUUGAAAGACGUUUUUAUAGCUGUCAUUGGAGUUGUUGGAUUUUUAACAGGGACCUAUGUGACGGUUGAAGAAAUCAUUUAUCCUGCAUCCACACUUCUAGCUAACGCAACAGAGAGCAUCCCUGUGGAUUUAAAUGCUACAAACUUGGCUGGUUUAAAGUAAUAACCAGGGACUUUGAACUACUUUGUUCCUUAACAGGAAAUCCUAGAUGGAUGGCAGACUUACGUGUGGGACAAAUUCCAUUUCCACAUGAAUUUUUGAAAAAUAGCAUGCAGCCCUUUGUCACUGUUGUUUGUUCUUUCCUUCAUUCCUUCCGAUCUACCUGAAUUGACUCCUUUGCUCUCAACUUCUGCUCAUCAGCUAAAUUGAUGUCAGGAUUUAAAAUAUAUACAUGAAUAUAGAAAGGAAAUACGAUUUUAGGUUAUUGGCAAGAAAAAAAGAAGAGUUUUUGUAAGGAAGUCAAGAUGCCUUCCUCCUCAGAAAAGGUGGAAGUCAAUCCAUUCCUAAUAUCUAGGCACCAAGACUAAGCACUCCUGUUUUCACACCAGCUCUGUUGUAAGGGCUGGAGUGGGAGCUCAGUGAUGCAUAGACCUCCUCAUGGCUGUCUCUGGUGGGGUGGAUUGCACCCUGGUGAACCAGAGGCACUAUAGCUUUAGAAAAGAGCAGCUGUGUUUUUAAUUUCCAUUCUGGGGACUUAGAUGUUUGCCAUGGAGAAGUUUUUGGGUAGUUGCAGUUGCCUGGCUCUGGUUCCUGGGGGUAGCUGUGUCCUGUGCAGAAGGACUGUGGCUCCCGUUCAGUCUUGUCACACUGGGGGGUUUUCAAGCAAUUGGAAGGACCAAGCCCACCCUGGUUGGUAGAGCUGACCACUGCUGGUGGUUGGUUACAUGACAGUAAGCAUAAAGGCAGUUUUAUUUCGUGCCAACUAGCUUAACAUCUAGGCUGAAGAAUGGACAAGGCUGUAAGGUUUAGAGGUAAAGGCUGGAUCUUUUACUAGAUCAAAAGAUCACCAGUUUGGAGUGUUCUUGCCAUCUUACAUGAUCUGUUACUAUAUGUUCCUGUACCAUGAGGUGUUCAGCAUGGCAAGACCCUGCUCCAGGGAGAUGCCAACUGUCAUACUCCGUAGAGCCGUGGAGCUCUUGCUGUCCACAGGAGCUCUAAAGAUUCACGAUGUUAAUUUCUGUGUGAGAGAGGGAAGGAUGAGACGCUGCUAUCUAGAGUGGAGCUUGUGCCAUACUUUCAAAUGUAUAAACUGGGUUAUUUGUGAAAGGAUUUGUGAUUCCACAGCACUGUGAGCUGGGGGACACUGGGGGGGAUCUGCUUUGAAGCUCUUUCUCCCUCGAGGGCACCACCUGCCUGCAAGUUGUCUGAAGAUGUGGGUUGUCUUAGGACUUGCUUUCAACUACGGGUACUUUGUAGGGAGGUGCAGCUUAGAUGAGAUGUGGGGUAUUCAUGUGAGGACAUGACUUUUUUUUUUAAGAAAGUAAUUAUAUAUCCCUUUUGGAUUUUGAAUCCAAACUUACAGGAUGUUGUUUAUCAGAGCAAUAUUACUUUCUGUAAUGAUGCAAAAACAUCCAACACCACAAAUGAUAAGUCAUUUAUUUUUAUACAUUUUGGUAACUGCUGUUCUAACCCAUUUUUUACACCUUUUCUUUAUCAUUGAUUUCAACUAUAGAAAUGUAUGAAAUAUGGUAUUUUUUUAACAUAUUACUAGAAGUCUGUAGACUGCAUAUCUAUAUUUCUAUUGGACAUAUAAAAAUUAUUUUUGCAUUCUUAUAUUCUGCCUUAAAUAGGAUCUAACACACCCUUUACUGAUUUUUGCUUCUUCUGUCCAUUCUAGAAUCAGAAAAGAACAAGUUGAUAAGUUGGUAAUUGGGUAGAAAUGAGUUUUAUUCAGCAACCCUGCACACCGAGUCCCCAGACGAAAUCCUGAUUUUCAGGGUUCAUAUUUGACUUUCUGGCUCGCAUUUCAUAGAUUACUUUCACUCUGAAUGCUAAAGGUAUAUUUUUGGUCUUGAUUUCUAAAAACACUCUAUAUUUUGUACAAUACUAGAACUGUAUUUAUCAUACUCAUCCCUGUUAUAAGAAACUCCUUUUUCUAAGGAAUAUUUUUAAUUAUAACAUUCCCCCAAGAAAUACGUUAGGCCAAAACCUCUCUACUGUAUUCAUAUAAAUUAAGAUAGAAAUAUAUGUAAUAUUUUGCUUGCUUUCAGUAUAUUCCUCAGAAAUCUACCAUUUGGCAUUACAGUGCUAGAGUAAUAUACUGCUAGCAAUACCUAUAUUUAUAUUUUCUCUUCAAAAUAUUUCCUCAGUCAUCUGCCAUGUGGUGACUGUAUUUGAGCACUUUCAGCUCCGCGUUGAUGAGGGCAUUUCUGAUCGGGAUUCGUUAUCGCAUGUAGUUCAAACUGCACGUGUUUGUUCAAGCAAUAGUUCUGAGCAAGGCUCUUAUUUUCAUUUUUACAUGGACGAAGUUAAAUACUCAGCAGGCACUUUAAAGGGAUGAGUCUCUAUGGGUAUGAUACAAGAGAAUUAACCUUUGGUAUGAAAGUGCCACAGCAGAGCAAACACAGUAGUUUUUAGUCUUUAAGCCAUUUUAAAAGACAUUGAAUCUAAGCGUUUCCAUCUGUUUCAUGAUGAAUCUAUUGUUUACCUAAACCAUACACUGCAUGCUGAUAGAUAUGGUUUUGUGCACCAUAUUUUCCUUGACAUUAAAUAUUUCUACAUAGAACAUUUUUAGUAGGACUGAUAGGAUUGAAAUGGAAGUUGUUUUUUCCUGUUAGUUUUGCAUCUUUCUGCCCCUGUGUGUUUGGAGAAUAAAGGACUGUCAAGUCCAUUCAUACCAUCUGUUCUGCGUCCAUGGUGUCCGAGUGAGCGACUCUGAGAAGGUGCUUCUGCCAGGCUGCAGCAGGACUUGACCAGGUCAGAGUUUGGUGGGGAUUUUUGGCCGUGCAAGUGAAUGCUGAUAUGGUACUGUCAAUGAAGAUUUGCUCAGCUGGGUUCCAAGAACCUAAAUAGGUGGCCUUGGUACCCAGGUGAACAUAACGUAUCCUUUUGAAAGCCAGACAACUUGUUUAGAAGCUUGAUAAGUUUGAGGAAUCUCAUCUCAGCCAUCAUACUUUGGGUAACCUGGCCCAGAUACAAGCCCUUACAGCCCUUACUGCCGUGUUUGCCGGGGGAGCAGCCUGUGGAGGAGCAGAUUCUCAGAGCCACAUACUCCCACUGACUGAGCAGGUACAAGUAGUGUGUUUGUGCAGUGGGCCAGUGUUGCCAUGUCUAACGAUGUUGUAUCUUUUGAAUCUUUAAAAUGUUCAUUAAUGUAUUUUGCACAAUGUCGAUUUUUCUCCUACAGUGUAGGAUUUUUGUUACUUUAACACUCAUACAGUGCAUUUGUGUGGCCUGCUCUUUCAAACAGAAAGAGUCAGGAAUCAGAGUAUCUUGCUUUGGAUAAGACUAAAAUGUCACAUAGUGAAAAACUACUAAGUCUGAAUAAUAAGAGUGUUCCUGUGAAACAUUGCCAAAGAUUUAAAAGAUAGGAAAUUCUGACAGAAACCUCUUCUGAAUAAUAAGAGUCUUCAUUCAACUUUUAAAGUACUGUAAUAUAAAUAGCAAGUUAAGAUGCAGAGUGUAAAACUGAGAUUUAAUAGGUAUGGUUUACAUUAAUAUAUAUUUAAGAUGGAAAUAUAGUUUAGCAUAAGCUAAAUUAAACUGAAAAUGUAUGUGAUUGGUUUAUGUUCUUGACAAGGAACAGAAAGCUAUUGUAUUUAUAUACUGUACAUGCACUUAUAUUUUACAAUAUAAUAUUGUUAACAAUUUUAAUGUAAUUUAAUCAUUAGCUGCACUAUAAGUUACUGGAUCAUUUUCUUGUCUAUAACUGUUCAUCCUCAAAUAUUGGGCAAGUAAGAGGGUGGGUUUGCCUAAUGUUCUGUAACUUAAAUCUUCUGUAUCAAUAAAUACCACAAUAACGUUA